AUGGCACUGCUGCUUGUUGUAUUCCCGCCUCUUGGCGUACUGCUCAAAUCAAAUGGAUUCCGACCGCCCGUAUUCGCUUCCUUCUUCCUCUACUUCCUUUUCAUUAUUCCGUCGUACAUCUUCUCGGUUUGGUACUGUUUUGUGGAGGAACGAAAGGAUAGUAUACUACCACUGAGCUCUGGGGAGUAUAAUAAUAAUAUUAAUAGUAUUUCUGCAAUUGUUACACAUAAGGAUAUUCAGGUUUAUUGA